AUGAGUCUGAUAGAUUUAUCCAGAAUUCUUUGAUCCACAUGUAUGCUUCUUGUGGGAAUAUUGUGUGGGCUCAAAGGGUAUUUGAUAGUAUACAGGGGAAAAAUUUGGUUUCAUGGAAUUCCAUGUUGGAUGGCUAUGCUAAGUGUGAAGAAAUGGCUAUGGCUCAGAAAGUUUUUGAGUCCAUGCCAGAGAAGGAUGUUCGGUCAUGGAGCUCUUUGAUUGACGGUUAUGUUAAGGCUGGGGAAUGUGGGGAAGCUAUGGCUAUCUUUGAAAAGAUGCGGGCUGUUGGGCCCAAAGCCAAUGAAGUCACCAUGGUGAGUGUCUCAUGUGCCUGUGCACACCUGGGUGCUUUAGAGAAGGGGAGAAUGAUACACAAGUACAUAGUUGACAGUGGAUUGCCAUUGACAUUGGUCUUGCAGACUUCUCUUGUGGACAUGUAUGCCAAAUGUGGGGCAAUAGAGGAGGCUUUGCUUGUAUUCCGUGGUGUCUCUAAGAGUCAAUCCGAUGUGUUGAUUUGGAAUGCAAUGAUCGGAGGUCUUGCAAUGCAUGGUUUAGUUGAAGAAUCCCUUAAAUUGUUUAGGGAAAUGCAAAUAGCUGGUGUUGUGCCUGAUGAGGUCACAUACUUGUGCUUGUUGGCUGCCUGUGCCCAUGGAGGGUUAGUUAAAGAAGCUUGGUAUUUCUUUGAGAGUCUUAGUAAAUGUGGCAUGACACCUACAAGCGAACACUGUGCUUGCAUGGUAGAUGUGCUGGCACGUGCAGGUCAAUUAACCACUGCAUACCAAUUUAUUUGCCAAAUGCCCAUAGAGCCAACAGCUUCCAUGUUAGGUGCUCUUCUUAGUGGCUGUAUUAACCAUAGAAAUUUAGCUCUUGCAGAAAUAGUUGGCAGGAAGCUUAUCGAGUUAGAACCAAAUCAUGAUGGUAGAUAUAUUGGCUUAUCAAAUGUUUAUGCGGUUGACAAACGCUGGGAUGAUGCAAGAAGCAUGAGAGAAGCUAUGGAGAAAAGAGGGGUGAAAAAAUCACCUGGGUUUAGUUUUGUUGAAAUAGCUGGAAUCCUUCAUAGAUUUAUUGCUCACGAUAAAUCACAUUAUGACUCAGAGGAAACUUAUUCUAUGCUAAAUUUUGUUGUCUAUCAAAUGAAAUUUAGCUGUCUCAAAGACAAUCAUGAAAGAUCAUUGAAUGAUACAUCAAUGGAAGAUGACUUGCAUCUCUUUUGAGUAGAUGGUGUUAAAAGUUUGUACCAAUAUUAUUUUUGGAAGAAUUAUCAUCUGGAGCUCAAAGUCAUUUAUCAGAUCAGAAGUCCUUUUAGUUAUGGGUUUAGCAAAACUUUUAGUUAUGUGUUUUUGGAGUUCAGAGAUUUUUCCUGCCUUAAAAUUGAGGCACCAUUCUCUCACCAUAAUUUUUUUCUUCAAAAAAAAAAAAGAAAAAAAUUCAGGCAAUAUGAAGGUUACAACUCGUUAAAUGUAAAUUUUUGAACUGUAACUACCAGUUAAUGAGUGGGAAAAAAAUUUGCACUCCCAAAUAGUUAGAUGUACUGCUUCUUUUAUUGCAAUGUAUUUUUAUCUUUUGUUCCUGUUGCAGAUAUAUCGUCAGCUAAAAUUAAAAUGAUAAGUGACCAAUAUGACAUGAGUUAAUCAAUUCGAUCUUUAUUGGAAUUGGAUACAGUGGUCACAGUGAAAUAUAUCAAGUAUUCUUGUUAUCUGAAAUGAACUUGAUGUUCCAGGUUCAGAUUUUUUGCUUGCUGAUGUUCCAGAUGGAGAUACAUUAGGUGCAGUGGAAUGCAGAAAGGGUGGAAAUCAUUAAAGAGUGAUUAAAGAAAUCAACCUUCCCAGGCUUUGGAAGAAUGGUGCGACUCCAAUAUAUAGAGGAAUUUAAUAGCCUCCAAGAGCAUGGGAAUAAACAUGAUGACAUGUUUUUCACUUUUGCUUGUUUUAAAUUUCCCAAUGUGGAAACUUACAUGUAAUCUUACUGGACCAACUGCCAAGUGUGGUGAUAUUCGUUCAUAGAACUUGUUUAGAUACAAGUUAAAAGUAUUUUUUUUUAGAGUUUUUCUAUUGAAAAUAAAUAGUAUUUUUUGGUAGAAAAAUUCUCAAAAGUAUUUUUAAACUUGUAUCCAAAUAGGUUCAUAGUUAUGGAUUCACCUCAUUCUAUUGUAAAUUGGGAAAAUAUCAGAUCAAUUUUGUUGCAGUCAAAUGGCCAUAUUUUACACGUUGAUUCCUUUCA